UGGCCUUAAACUUGCAGCAAAUUGCAAAGAAAUGCCUCAAAGGCUACAGCUCUCUCUGCGCCCUGGGAGCUGAGAUGCACGUCAGUGGCCUUGCCAGCGUGGCCAAUUCUCUGCAGACUGCCAGAAAAAAGAGGCCAGUUGGAAAGACGAAAGAGGAGAGAUUUCCCGGGGUUGAGACCAUGCCCUGCAUCUUUUCUCUUCCCUAAUCUGCUCUGUCUCUGUCUACCCUGGCUCUCCUGACCUGGCAGAACCGCCCAAAGUUGCUGUGGAAUUUACCUCCAUUUCCUCUUUCAGUCUGUGAUGUGUGGUUCAGCCUCUUGUUGAGCUCAUUGAUAGGAACAGGCUGUCUUUGACCUCCACAGCCAGAGCAGAGUGAAGGAACAUUUUCAUAAUGGACACUUCAUCCAAAGAAAAUAUCCAGUUUUUCUGCAAAAAUUCAGUGCAACCUGUUGGAAGGCCUUCCUUUAAGACAGAAUAUCCCUCCUCAGAGGGAAAGCAGUCAUGUUGUGGUGAACUAAAGGUGUUCUUGGGUGGCUUGUCCUUUGUUUACUUUGCCAAAGCAUUGGCAGAAGGCUAUCUGAAGAGCACCAUCACUCAGAUAGAGAGAAGGUUUGACAUCUCUUCCUCACUGGUAGGAGUAAUUGAUGGGAGUUUUGAAAUUGGGAAUCUCUUGGUUAUAACCUUUGUUAGCUACUUUGGAGCCAAACUUCACAGGCCAAGAAUAAUCGGAGCAGGGUGCCUUAUCAUGGGAAUGGGGACUCUACUCAUCGCCAUGCCUCAGUUCUUCAUGGAGCAGUACAGGUAUGAGAAAUAUUCGCCUUUCUCUAAUUCUACUCUUAGCAUCUCUCCCUGUCUCCUGGAGUCAAGCAGUCAGUUACCAGUUUCAGUUGUGGGGAAAUCACAAUCCAAAAUAAGUGACGAAUGUGACGUGGAUGCCAGCUCCUCCAUGUGGGUUUAUGUGUUCCUGGGAAAUCUUCUUCGUGGGUUAGGAGAAACUCCUAUCCAGCCACUGGGCAUUGCCUAUCUGGAUGACUUUGCCAGUGAAGACAGUGCUGCAUUUUACAUUGGGUGUGUGCAGACGGUUGCAAUUAUUGGACCAAUUUUUGGCUUCCUGCUAGGCUCAUUAUGUGCCAAACUGUAUGUGGAUAUUGGCUUUGUAGACCUAGACCAUGUUACCAUUACCCCGAAGGAUCCUCAGUGGGUAGGCGCCUGGUGGCUUGGGUAUCUGAUAGCAGGAAUCAUAAGUCUUCUUGCAGCUGUGCCUUUCUGGUGUUUACCUAAGAGCCUACCAAGACCCCAAAGUAGAGAAGACUCUAAUUCUUCAGAGAAAUCCAAGUUUAUUACAGAUGAUCAUAUAAAAUACCAAACACAUGCCGAAGAAAAAGGAAAAAUAAUGGAAAUGGCAAGAGAUUUUGUUCCAUCACUGAGGAGUCUCUUUGGAAACCCAGUGUAUUUCUUGUAUUUGUGUGCAAGCACCGUCCAGUUCAAUUCUCUCUUUGGCAUGGUGACGUAUAAACCGAAGUACAUCGAGCAGCAGUAUGGGCAGUCAUCCUCUAAGGCCAACUUUGUUAUCGGGCUCAUCAACAUCCCUGCAGUGGCCCUUGGGAUAUUCUCGGGGGGAGUAGUCAUGAAAAAAUUCAGACUCAGCCUGUGCGGAGCUGCAAAACUCUACUUGGGAUCAUCUGUCUUUGGUUACCUCCUCUUCCUUUCCUUAUUUGCCUUGGGCUGUGAAAACUCUGAUGUGGCAGGACUCACUGUCUCCUACCAAGGAACUAAACCUGUCUCUCAUCAGGAACGAGCUCUCUUUUCAAAUUGCAACUCAAGAUGCAAAUGUUCAGAGACCAAGUGGGAACCGAUGUGUGGUGAUAAUGGAAUUACAUACGCAUCAGCUUGCUUUGCUGGUUGUCAAACCUCCAACAUGAGUGGAAAGGACAUUAUAUUUUAUAACUGCACCUGUGUGGGAACUGCAGCCUCUAAAUCUGGAAAUUUCUCAGGCGUAGUGGGCAGAUGUCAAAAAGAUAAUGGAUGUUCCAAAAUGUUUCUGUAUUUCCUUGUAAUUUCAGUCAUCACAUCCUAUACUUUAUCCCUAGGUGGCAUACCUGGAUACAUAUUACUUCUGAGGUGCAUUAAACCACAACUUAAGUCUUUUGCUCUGGGUAUCUACACUUUAGCAAUAAGAGUUCUUGCAGGAAUCCCAGCGCCAGUAUAUUUUGGAGUUUUGAUCGACACAUCUUGCCUUAAAUGGGGAUUUAAAAGGUGUGGAAGCAGAGGAUCUUGCAGAUUAUAUGAUUCAUAUGCUUUCAGGUACAUAUAUCUAGGACUGACUAUGAUUCUGGGCACACUAUCCAUUUUCCUAAGCACUGCAGUGCUUUUGACUUUAAAGAAAAAUUGUGUUUCAAAACGUAGAAGCUUCAUAAACAAAAGAGACAGAACAAUGGUUUCGACAAGAUUCAGGAAGGAGAACUGUGCUACAAGUGAUCAUUUGCUACAUCCCAGCUAUUGGCCAGGCAAGGAAACUCGACUUUAGGAGAGGAUGUCUGGCAGCCACAUUUUCUAUUGGGCUGAAAUUCUGCAAACAAAGUUGAAUUAAAAGGGGUUUCAGUGUGUAAUUUCUUUGUACCUUCAAAACAAUUUUACUUCAUUUUUGGUGGUAGGCAUUUGAUAACAUACCUGAUAAUAACUCUCAUUAAACGUACAUCAGAAGAAGCAGAUGAUAAAACUAAUUUAAAAUCUUUUAAUUUACACACAAACUCUUUGUAUUACUUAUUAAUUCUGCUGCAUUUUGCCUUGUGUCCACUGCUAUACAAGCUCUAUUCCUAGUACAACAACAGUUCCUGUGGUCUAAUGGUUAUAUAGAGAAUAAUUGCUAAACUAAGUUAUUUGUCUAGAGUAAUAGAGGAUUGUUAAAAAUUAAGCCACAUCUUGGGAUCCUUCAAGUGUCUCCGCAAUGAAAAUGCUAGGAUUCAGUCACAGCACAGAGAGGGAGAUUUCAUUUUUGAACUCUUCUUUUGUUUUGAAAUAUAAAAAUUAAUAUAGAAAUGUGUUGUGAUAAAGUGAUCUUGAGGAAUUGAAAGUUUGGGAUUAUUAUUAGUUCCUUAUCUAAUCAUUUACAUAUACUUGUGUGAUGCUAUCAGUGACCAUUGAUGUAAAGUAACAAAAUUGAUCUUGAUGUAUUUUAUUGCCCUAUGAAUUCCAUGGAUUAAAAUAUUAUUAAUAAAUUAAUAUAUAUUAUUAAAUACAUAUCCCU